CCUCACGUGACGCAGUUUCCCAGCCAGCAGCUGAUACAUCUUUGGCAAAAAUGGCGGAUUCGCCGUCGACUCCGCUGUUAGGAGAAGAGAAAGAAAAGGAGGGCGGUGGAAAGGACCGACAAGGUUUGAAAACGGAACCGAACACGGAGAGAGAAGGACCUGCCGAGACGCUGGGGCACAAGGAAAAGGGUGACGGCGGCAAGAGCAAGAACGGCAACCUGUCAGACUUGUCUCUUGGACGGUUUAUAACAACAGAACUAAACAGGGGCUACUUCCUCGAGCAUAAUGAGGCCAAAUACACAGAGCGCAGGGAGAGGGUGUACACCUGCCUCCGCAUCCCGAAGGAGCUGGAGAAGCUGAUGAUUUUUGGCUUCUUCCUCUGUUUGGACACCUUUCUCUACGUGUUCACUCUGUUGCCCUUGAGAGUGAUCCUUGCUCUGCUUCGGCUCUUCACUGUGCCAUGCUGUGGCCUCAGAGGUUCCCGCUUGCUCCAACCAGCCCAAGUGUGUGACGUGCUGAAAGGUUUUAUUAUGGUGCUGUGCUACUCGAUGAUGAGCUAUGUGGAUUACUCUAUGAUGUAUCACCUCAUCAGGGGACAGUCUGUCAUCAAGCUUUACAUCAUUUACAAUAUGCUGGAGGUGGCAGAUCGCUUGUUCUCGUCCUUUGGCCAAGACAUCUUGGAUGCUCUGUACUGGACGGCCACAGAGCCCAAAGAGAAGAAGAGAGCCCACAUUGGAGUGAUUCCUCACUUCUUCAUGGCUGUGCUCUACGUCUUUCUUCACGCCAUCCUCAUCAUGGUCCAGGCCACAACACUCAAUGUAGCCUUCAACUCCCACAACAAGUCUCUGCUCACAAUAAUGAUGUCAAACAAUUUUGUGGAAAUCAAAGGAAGUGUGUUCAAGAAGUUUGAAAAGAACAACCUUUUCCAGAUGUCUAAUAGUGAUAUAAAGGAGAGGUUUACCAACUAUAUUCUUCUGCUCAUCGUUUGUUUGAGAAACAUGGAGCAAUUUUCAUGGAACCCCGACCACUUGUGGGUGCUCUUUCCUGACGUGGUCAUGGUGAUUACCUCAGAGGUUGCUGUGGACAUUGUGAAGCACGCAUUCAUCACAAAAUUCAAUGACAUCAAUGCCGACGUGUAUGGAGAAUACAGAGCCAGCCUUGCCUUUGACCUUGUCAGCAGUCGGCAGAAAAAUGCUUACACGGAUUACAGUGACUCAGUAUCCAGAAGAAUGGGCUUCAUCCCUCUUCCUUUGGCUUUGCUGUUGAUCAGAGUAGUGACCAGCUCCGUAAAGAUCCAAGGUUCACUCUCAUUUAUGUGUGUCCUGCUGUUCUACAUGGGGAUGAUCACUCUGAAGGUGCUCAACAGCAUUGUUCUCCUUGGAACAUCUUGUUCAUUCGUCAAAGCGGCCAAAAUGGAAGAAAAAUUAUUCGACCCCCCUCCUUCCGCCGUCUCCAGCCGUGCAAACUCAAGAGCUCAUCGGAGCAAACACGGUCAAACGGCACCACAGCAAGCAGAGCCCAUGCCGAAAAAACCAGGCGUAUCAGAGGCAUCAGACAUUUGUCAGACAACAGAUGCAACAGAAAAUGCCAACUGUGUCCUACCCAAAAGUGACUCUGACAAAUUUCUAACAACGCCAGAUGAAGAGGAUGACGAGAAAAUCAUAAACUCAGACACGGGACUCGAUGGGGAGGAACUUAAGCCCAGAACGCCCAAGAAAGACUUGUUGGAGAUUGACCGAUUCACCAUCUGUGGCAACAGGAUAGAUUAAUUGCUUUAGGAGCCACCUGUGGGGGGGGGGGGGGGGGGGGGGGGGGGGGGGGCGUCCUGGAAACGCAGCAGGGUCCAGGGAUCAGACGAAGGUCAUGGAGCAUGCACAGACCUGACUCUUUCUUAUGCACCUGACCCUUCAAGUCAUUAUUUAUUUAUUUAUUUAUUACCGACAUCAAAACAAAUACCAGCCAAGGCAUAAAGCUGUUACAUUUGCGGUAAGAUCAGACGAUUGCGGUUCGGCCCGGACGCCCUUGAAAGACACGUGCAGACUCAAAGAUUGGGUCUGAACACGGAACACCUGUUAAGAAGAAGCUUCAUGCAAAGAUGACUGCAGAUGACAAACUAAAUGUGAUUGUUUGUUUUUUUUCUUGAGCAUUACAGCUGGACUGUGUGUAUGUGUGUGCGUGUGUGUGUGUGUGUUCAAAAGCACAAUUGUAGUUGCAGCAAAAGUUGUUUCAAAAGAACAAAACUUGUACUUUUUUAUUUUAGAAGUGUGAAAAAUAGGAAAUAUUGCAGAUGGAAGUUUUUCUUAUGAACAGUUUUUUGUAAAAUGAUCCCACUCAACUGCAGGACUGUUUAAUUCUAUUGAACCCUCACCAAUUCCCUUUUUAAGAGCUCUUUCCAUAUAAUAGCAACUAUUUUUGUUUAUUGUUUACAGCAAAGCUCUGAGGAAAAUGCCUUUUUUUGUAAAGGCACUAAUGGAAUAGAAACCGAUCAUGUUCCAAAAAUUAAAGCGUUCUGCUUUCUUGUAUUCAUUCUCUUGAAUGUGGAUCAUUUUUACAAGUCUUUCAAGAAAACAGCCGACCUACUGUAAUAAGAGGAGAACAUGCCUCUGUCUGUUUUAAGGUUUUACAGAGUUUUAACAUGAAAAUGAAACCCAAAUAAGGUCUUUACAAUUUUUCUUAAUUUUUUUCCCCCAGUUUUUGUAAAUUAAUUUUUGGUUUCCCAAAAGUCAAUUUAAUACAAAUUUCAAAAUGGAUCUUAAAUAAAUGAAUUCUAGUUGGUACAGGAGAAAGUUGUGUUUUGGGUUUGCACAAAAGUACUUGCCUGUUAAUUGGAUUUGUUGGCUCACUUUCAAUCAAUGCAUCCAUUGAUAGUCCCACCAAUUCAUGUGUUUAGUCUUCCAUCACAAGGUCUUAAAGCUAACUGAGAUUAGCCAGAUGUCCCCACUUUGUUCACAUUAGCACCAAGGACAUUACUCAAGGAGUCUCAAAAAUAUGUGCUCUCCAGGACUAUCAAUAGUUCUAACAUUUAAAAUGUGCAGCAGGAAGUCUGAACCUCAAGUCUGCAGAAUUGUAAAUGUCCAACAUUUUAUCUGCAGCAUAUUUGUGCUGUUGUACUUAAUUUUAAAGUAAAAAUAAUGACAGAAAACAUAAAACUUUGGAAAAAGUGUUGGUUUUUUACAAUUCCUAAAUUAUUGCAUCAUAUUCAGCGGUUUCAGGAUUUUUAUCUGAUCUUUCAUUAACAGAUUUAUUCUUUUUAUUUAUUAUUUUGCAAAUCUGCUCUUCAGUUUAUAGCUGGGCUUUCAUUGCAGAUAGAAAUGUCAAUUGAUUGCAAAGCUGUGUGUUUAUUUCAAAUUUAUGAAAGUAGCAUUUUUUCUACCAAUUGAGCUUUUAAACAAGUGAGGAUUUCAUAAAAGUUGCUGUUGUGGUCUCUUUGUUGGCUGGCUAAAGAAGGUCCUGCUGCACUAGAUGUGUAAAUCGGAUUUAUAGUUAAAAUCUGAGUUGAAUCUGUUAAUCACUGGGAUAAUAUAAUGCUUGCUGUUGUUUAGUGUCAUUAUUUUUCAGAAAAACAUAAAGCCUAAAACAAUUGUUUUCUCCAAAUUGAGAAGAACAGUGAAAUCUAUCAUUAUUCAAAUAACAGUUUGAGAUCUAAAAAACGAAUACUUUUAGAUGUUUUUGUUAUUUUAAUAAAUUAUUGAAAAUGUCCUCACAGUUUUGAAUUGUUGACUGUUCAACAAGUGUUAAUGGAAGUUCUGCUAGAACGAAACAUCCUUGUUAAAAAAUAAGCAGGGACUGUCUCUUCAAAAGGGAAAUGGACAGGUGCAAAGAGAAUCUUAAAGAGCAUGAAUGCUUUAUAAAAGUGAAUGUGUGCUUGAUAUGUGAAGUUAUUUGUAGUGUACUGAUGGCUUUUCUGUUUACAUGUAUAAAUCAGACAUUUUGAUGUUUUUAUUUUUCAUAGACAGCUCAUUUGUGUGGUGCAUCAGGCUCAAGGUGGAAGAAAAUUAAACAAGAAUUUCUUUUGUA